AUGAGUCAGCAUGAGUUCCUUAAAACAGAAUCAAAAGAAGCAAUUUCAAAAUUUUUAACAGAGAAUAUUAUCGAAAUUAGUGUAAUUGAUGAUUUAAUUAGCGAAGGUUCAUACAGUACUGCAAUAACGUGUAUAGCUUCAUUACUUGAAAAACAAAAAAUUCAAAAAUCAAAAUCGAUUAAUCUCUUAAAUGGAAUUACAAAAGCCUUAAACAAAGAAAAACGAUUAAAUGAAAUGCAAAAUUAUGAUUAUAGAGGACAAAUGGCAACAAUAUCUUCAUUAUUACUUCUAAGUGGCACAAAGGAUUCCACUAUUGCUGCUAUUUCUCUUCAGAAAGGUAUUGAAGACACAACUGCUGUAGCUGCAGCUCUUUUAAACUUUAUUACACUAGAAAAAUCAGAAUUCGAGCUUAAACACAAAUUUCAGACCAAUGCAGGUUCCCUAAAGGUAGAUGGCAUUAAAGAAGCUCUUAGUGCAGCUGUUUUGCUUAAAUCUAUCUUCCAAUCUACAAAUGGUCGAGUAUUCAUCAGAUAUCCUAUUUCAAAGGAUGUUUUUACAGACGAAGAUGCUACGAAGCUUGUUGAUACCCUAAAGAUUAUGAUUGCUUUGCAAUCAGUUGAAAAUAAGAAUGAACAUCUUUCUGUUGAAGAAUCCAUCCUCCUUAUUAAUAAAGGAUAUGGCGAUAAGGCUAGUAGCUUCUUUGAAGCCCUUGGUAAAGAGAAAAAGAUAGAAAUUGCGAAAUUAAUUGUUGAUGGAAUAGAAGACCAACAAAGCAGGAAGUUAUUUGCAAAAUGCUUCCAAGCAGGAUAUAAUAGUGUUGGCGGAAGAACUCCUAUCUGGCUUUCCAAUAUGGCAAAAUAA